GAGGAUGAAGAUCAGGAUGAAGGGGAUAUAGAAGAAGAAGAAAGCAAGGACAAAGGUCCUGAUAAAAAAUUAAAUAUAAAGAAAAAACACGAGAAAAAGAAUGAAAUUCCAAAUGACAAGAAGCAAGGUUCUAAAAAAAAAAGAUACGUUCUCCAUGUUGCAAAUGUACCAUAUAGCGCAAGUUCAAAUGACAUCAGGAAAUAUUUCCUAACUAAAGUCAGUGCAAUAUCAGAUGUUAGAAUACCAAAAAAUAAGAGCACAAAUAAACCCCGAGGAUUUUGUUACAUUGAACUAGGAAAUCAAGAAGAUUACGAGAAAGCACUAUCAUUGAAUAAUUCGACCUUCCAAAAUCGCGUGAUAAAAGUACAAUACACCACAGAUUCUAGACGUGAUAAUGCAAAACAAAUUAUCGUAGCGAAAAACAAAAAAUUGGAUGCACUUCGAAAAGAAGGAAAGUUAGCAGGAAGUCAAAAAAAGACUAACAAAAAAUUACAGAAAGGGAAAAAAAAUGCUAACUCAUUGACGACCUAGGCAUUAGAUAAAAAUAUAUCUAAUUUGCGGAGGAAAACUACCUGUUUCACCUUAUCUUUAAUCUCCUAGCUCUUCGUAAUUUACUUAUACGUAUAUAUUCAUAAAGUACGAAGGAGACUAAAGUUAUACUCGAUCAGGUCCCAUAAAUUUUUUUAAUAAAUCUGACAGUUUUUACAAGUAUCAUCGAAUGUCAAUUUUUCGCUGUUAAUCCUACGUUCCAAGCUUCUACGAAAAACAAAAGUAUAUUGUGGCGUACGUCAGUUUAUGUAAAUCAAAUGACACGGUGUCAAAGGAAAGUACACGUUAAUCGAACCGAUGAAAUUCGACUCCUAUCUCAUCUCCAACUUAUCAGGAUUUACUAUAGCAUAUGAUAGUAUUCCACACGUGCCCGUUAAAAAUAUUCUAAGAAAAUCACGUAUACCCAUAUGAUAUAAAUUAUUGUUGUAAUGCCGAAUUCGAAAGAUAUGAACGCAGAUCUUAUAAAUGAUUUAAACGAUGUCUGCGACUUCGAGGAUACUGUGACGUGGUCGAAAGAAACGAUCGAGGUAACGAAUUUUCAUAAUCGGCUUCGAACGGUAAUAGAUUGACUGAUGUAACAUUGUACUUAGUUAUUAAGUAAAUCAAUUUACAUACUUGUAUUCUAACUGUUGCAAUAUUGUUCAUUGAAAAGAAUAAAAAUAAACGAAUUAUUUCAAAGGAAAAAUUACCCGAACGAAUCGUUUUUCCUGAAGAAUUAAAUACGUACCUGCGUGAUCGUAUCCGGGUGAGUAUGUAAGACGUGCGUAUCACUCCGCUUGCCUGCAACCAACAAACGAGACGCGGAGAGGUAUAUUUUUGGUUCCAACGAUGUAUGAUUCCUACUCAAAUCUGUCGUAAAAUAGGAUUUAACUGCGGAGAAUGGUUGCUUGCGUCGAGCGCUCGAAGAGACCGAGGAAAAACUUCGAAUCACGAAGGAAAGCAUAACGAAAUCGCAACUCCCUAUAACCUUAGGUAAAUCCAGUGAAGUGGCAGCAACGAAGAUCAUCGAAUUGAGUAAGAAGUGUAGGGAACAAACGGCUGAGAUCGAGGUAUUCAAAACGAAAUGUAAGACUCUCGAGGGUACUCUGGCCAGCAAGAUGGCCGAAUUGGAAAACUUGAAACAUGAACUAGCUCGUUCGAAGGAAACACCAGAGUCUCGUAACAGUGAGUUGCUCGUGUCUCCUCUUUCAAAAUCUUUGCAAUACCUUGAUAUCGUUAUCCAUGCAAUAACAUAAUCGAGAUCCAGGAUAGUAUCCUUGACAAAGGUACCGAGGAUGUCCAAUCUGUAUCGAAGGAAGACGAGGAUAAGAUCAAAAUUCUGACGGAGAAAAUGCAACAAGUUCAAACGAAGCUUUACGAGUCGAAGAACGCUUAUGCGAGUCUCAAGCAGGAAUUCAACAAAGCUCAAAAGUUACUGUGCAGCGAAGUUGGCGAGAACGUAACAGUGAGUGGAUUAUCCUCGCAACUGGGUGGCUGGCGUGGAAGAGCCGAACAAAUCCGACUGCUUCAACAAAAGGUCUCCGAAUUACAAUUAAAGUUAUCGGAGUAUGAUGGAACUGUAAAAGGAUCUUCCGCGACGUCCUUGGAACGAAAGAAUCUCGCAAAUCUUCGGAAUGCAGAAAAGGAGAGACGACAACAGAUCGAAAAUUCGGCGAAGGAGCUCAGACAAGCAGAAGUUGCCUUGGAAACCUAUAAAAGAAAGCUCGAAGCGUCUAAAGCUAGAAUAAAGGUUCUAGAAAACGAAUUGAAUACGACGAAGGCGAAUAUUGCUGUGUUGAACGAAAAAAGAUAUCACGACGAUCAUUUGAUCGAGGCUCUUAACAGUCGACUUAAAUCUGCUGAAAAUAAAUAUCAAGAACGCGAAAUGGACAUCAAGAAUAAGGAAGAAAAAUUGGAACGCGAAAGUAUCGUUUUGAAAAAUGAUCUACAAGCUGCUCAAAUACAGAUCGAUCGGUUGACAAGGAAACUCGAAGAACGUGAAAUCGAGAUAGAUAAAUUGAGAGAUGGUAUAAUCCCGGAAGAUUCGAAACAACGUGUUCAUCUAGAAGAUCGAACUAUUAGCAAUUAUCGUACGAGUCCUCCGAAUACGAUUAGAAACUUUAAUGAGCCUAACGAAUAUGUCACUAUGGCUAUCGCGGCAGAAGCUGAACGAGAAAGAUUAUUAGAGUUGGUGACUGUGUUGAACAGACGAUUGGACAAGGAGAGAAACGAUGCAAACAAUCUAAUCGAAUCCUUGCAAAACGAACAAAGCAAGGUGGCAAAAUUGGAGUCUAAGCUUCGAAAGCUAGAGAACGAAAAAGCAGGGAUUUCAAAGGUGGACAGCGGUUACAGAGUAAGAAAUCUAAAAUCGAUCUCAGGAUCUCGAACGAGUGAAGAAUCUGCGAAUGCCGAACAAAUCCAUUUCAAGCUCGAAUUACUUGAAGAGGAAUGUCUCGCUUUGAAAGCAAGAUUAAAUACGGUACAACAGGACAAAGCCUCGGACUUAGAGAUAUACAAACGAAUGUUAGAUCAAGCUAGAAAAACUUUUCAGGAAGCAUGCAAGAAUAGAUCACAAGCAACUGCGAGUCGUUCGACGGUCACCGUUUAAUACACACUCAUUAUAUUCUUUAUUAAAAAUUUAUACUUCUUAAAAAAUAAUUAAAUAAAACGAUUUUUUUUUUUUGAAUGUA